UGGGCGCCAGCUGAUGGAAAAUGAGCGAGAAAAGUCAAUAAAGGUGCGUUGAUUCAAUUGAUAACGUGGCGAUAUGAUGAACUGUUGUUAUUAUUUGUAAAUGUAACAGGUGAAAUUGAAAAAAACUAUUUUAAAAUGGCUGUUCAAAAUAUUGCGGUGAAAUUGUGUGGAAUACUUCAGGCAGCAAGUGAGGAGGAAAUUACAGCACGAGAGUGGCGUCUUUUAGGACAAGAACAAGAUGGUUCACAACUUCUUACUUGGCUUUCAAAUACAAAAAAUAAUGCGGAGGUCCUCAACAUUGGCAUAUAUGUAAAUAAAACCAAAUCUCUGACUAUUCUACACACAUUUGACAAGAAAACUAAUAUCAUACAAGCUUCAGUGAAUGCGACACAAAGUCUUUUAGCAUAUGUUGUCAAGAAACUUCCAACUGAUGAUGCUGAGGCAAAAGAGCCUUUGUACUGUGCUUAUUUAAUGUGUUUACUUCCUGACAAAGAAAGAGUCAGUGAACAAAUUGAAGAUAGCUCUACAAAACAAAUAAUGGUACAAUAUAUAUACGGGAAGAGUAAUAAAUACAGCCCUGGUAUAAGAAAUGACAGAUUCCUGCUGUUCAAACAUUUGGAAUACAUAAAAAUAUAUCGCACGCCAAUGUUUCUAAAUGAAUAUGACGAUGGAACAGAGAAAUGGGGCUUUGAUGGCAUAUAUCCUGAACCGGAAACCGUUGUAAAAGUUUUUUCCUGGGCUCAGUGGGAUUGUGUUAAUCAGGUUUUGUACCACAUACAUUUUCGACAAGCAUCGCAGAGCUUCGCUGAGGGCGAGGAGGUGAAAUCUCCUUCAGAAAUUACGCCCACUCUAUCCGCUCUACAGUUCCACGCCGAUCUCCCGCACGAGACUGUCGUGAACAUCCCCCUAAGUCUGCCUCACGUAUCGAGUUCGGCGGAGGGGGCCGCUUGCGGGGCUUACGAGGACGAUCCUAUACCACUACGCGUCCACGACUGCAGCCUCGACUUGCAGAUCGUGUGCGACCAGCGGGGCGUAUUGUGCAUCUGUCAUCACUACUUGUACAAGCCCCUAGACGAUUCCGCCACAUCCCUAGUGCUGGAAGACAGCACGGACCUGAAGGACUCCGGAGUCAACUUCGCGUAUUCGAUAACCCUGCUGCAUCACGGCUGCGUAGUGCACACUGUAGUGCCGGACCUGCCCUGGGUCUUGGCCAAGUCGUUACGCCCAUCUUACACUUUAUACGAAGAAAAUCAUCUUUUGGUGAAUAUACCGAUGCUGUACACGCAUCUGAUAGACAUCAGCCUCCACCACGAGCCGUGCUGUCACAUCGUCCUGCCGGUGGACGAGUGUGAUAGCGGGCCCAGCCUCGCGCCCCUGCUGGGCUGGGGUCAGCAUGCUAUGGUCGACCUCAAUACUCUGGACGUGGUGGCCAUGGUCAUCCCUGAAAAGGAUUUGACCGCGACGUUCAAGAGCAACACGGCCAUAGAAAAUAAACUGGCCAUCAUACAUUACUUGGUGCAGCACGAGAACAAUAUGGAAUUGGCUGAAGAGCUGAUAUCGUGGAUGUGCCUGAAUCAGCGCGGCGGGCUGGGCUCGUUCCAGCGCGUCAUGCAAGAGUACCUGGUGGCGACCACGUGCGCGGUCACACGACGCUCGCUACCCUCUUCCGCACUGGGACUCAUGAAGAUGCUUCCAUUCAUGCUGCACUUAAAGUUUUCUGAUGUCAAGGUUCGCGACAUGUGCGUGUCGGUGAGCCAGGAGAAGCUGUGGAGCAGCAGCGCGGUCGUGCUGGCUCCUCGGCAGCGCGUGUGCCAGUUCUCCGAGGACGUGUGGACGAGGGUCUGGGCGUCUCUGUCCGCUCCGCCAGUCACCCGUCUACAUCCGACCGUCGUCACCGAUAAGCUGCGAGUGAGCCUGCAUUGUUACCAGCCGGAAGCGUUGUCUCGGUGCAGCACCCCGCUGUCCCCGAGCGGCCCGGGGCCCGCGCUGGGCUCGCAGCGCCGCUCGUCGCUGGGCAACGGGCAGGACUUGCUGCCAUUCUUUGAACUGGACGUGUGCACUGCCAGCAAACAGGAGCAUAUAGUGGCUGCGAACUUACGCGAGGUGAGCGUGCACCUGAUGCGCGAGAGCGGCGGCGCGGCGGGCGUGCAGGGCGGCGUGCACGCGGCCGCCACGCGCUGGGCGGCGGCGCAGCUGGACGCGGCGCGCGCGCUGUGCCGGGCCCUGUGCCGCGCGCUCGCCGCCGUGCCCGCGCACCAGCAGCAGCGCGGAUUCACUUUCAUUGACGAUAUGGAUCCUAACCACGCAUACAUACUGUUCAAAGUCUUAGAGCAGUACUACCUGGCGACCGACUCCAUAGCGUUCCCUGUGCCGCAAGGAUUUACUUCAUUCUUCACGUACCUCGGCUACCGCACUCUGCCCUUUCCCGCCUUCGCGCAGUACGUGCACAGGAGCGUCUUCGAACUGCAGAUCGACGUUCUGAAGGCUAUCGUGACUGGUAAAGAAGAAGACAAGUGCAGCGUGAACAAGAAACUGCGGCUGAUUCAGGUGGCGGGGGAGGGGCGCGGGCGGCGUGCGCUGGCGGCGUGGGGCGCGCGGGCGGCGCUGGUGCUGCGGGCGCGCGACCACGCCGCCGCGCUGCUGUCCGGCGCCGCGCCCGCCCGCCACGACCGCGCGCGACACCGCCCCGUCCGCGACACCGGUAUCGCAGCGUUGCCGUCUGGAGAACGUCUUUCGCCGCUGGACACAUUCCUGGAUCUGCUGACGGCCAAAGCGAGCCUCAACGAGCUGGACUUCAAUCUUAUAAUAGAGGCCACUCUAGCGUCAGUGCAACAAGACAACAGCGUUGCUUAAAAUUAUAUAUGCAGUCACCCACCGCCGUCGGCAUUGUCUAUUAAUUUCGAUUCUAAGGGUCCGUUCACACAGACCGGCUCGGAGAGCAUCGACCCGCUUUUUUCUUAUCGCACAGACCGGAUCGUAUACGUUUGGAAGCGGACGGAGCGGAGUUUUUUACUGGUGGUAGGACCUCUUAUGAGUCCACAUGGGUAGAUACCAACAACCCGCUUAUUUCUGCCGUGAAGCAGUAAUGCG